AUGUUGAUAUUAAUCCUAACAGGUAUCGUCCUUUUCACAAUUACAAUAUGGACAAUCAUUGGAAACAUAAUCGUCGUCCUAGCAUUCAUUAUCGACAGGAAGAUUCGACAAGGUGGAAUGUCGAACUAUUUGAUACUUAACCUUGCCAUCAGUGAUUUACUAUUAGGUAUUGCUGUUCUACCGUUUUCAGCAUCGUAUUCCACAUUUCAUAUAUGGUAUUUUGGCAAACUUCUCUGUGAAAUGUGGUUAAUUAUUGAUGUUCUAUGUUCAACAGCAUCAAUUUGGGGUCUACUUAUGAUUGCUUUCGAUCGUUACAUCGCCACAAACUAUCCGAUAUAUUAUCGUCAUCAUCGUCAUUCAAUCCCGCGUGCGUCGAUUACCAUAUGUAUUGCCUGGUUUAUGUCGAUCGCUAUUUGUCUCUUACCAACGUUAAUAUUCGAGAAAAGUCCUCAACUGAUGACGGCAACCAAAUACAAUGAACAAACUCAUCAAUGUGAAUUAUUCAAAGAUUCGAGUUUUGUUAUCACAAGUUCUCUCUUAUCGUUCUAUAUUCCGUUAAUUAUCAUGAUAUUUCUAUAUGCAAAAGUGUUGUAUGCAAUCAAACAACAAUCAUCGCGUCGUCUGAAAGGGAAUAGUAUUCAUCGAACGGUACAUGACAAAGUCAACCGACAAAUAGAUAACAAUCUCAUCGAUGAAGAUCUGCCUUCAUCGGAUCAACAGCAAAUAGGCCGACGAGAAUUAUCAGCGGAAGUCCGAAUCACGCGUUCAUUAGCCAUUGUUAUCGGUUGUUUUAUAUGCUGUUGGUUACCGUUCUUUACUCUAUAUAUUAUUCGAGCUGUCUGUGAUUGUUUGAGCUUCAACGCGAUCGAAUUCUUUUUCUGGUUAGGCUAUUCGAACUCGUCAAUCAAUCCGGUUCUGUAUGCGAUCUUGAACAAAAACUUUCGUGACGCAUUUCGUAACAUUCUCUGGAAAGAUAAUUGUGCGUCUUAA